AUGGAAGCAGCAAGUAUUGGGGAAGGGGGAGGAAGGGGAGGGAACGGAGCAGGACGGGUGACAAAGAAGGGGGUUAAGCAGCACCGGCAGAAGGAAGCUGCCAGGAAACUACGCGUUGCUUUGAACGAGCUCUGUGCUGUGAAGUAUGCUUUCACGCUUGUGCUUGCUGACGUGGCAGCUGAGGUGGCACGAUGCAAUGCCAAGAAUGGUGUUGGGGACACGUGGGGUCAUCCGUGGGCUGAGGUAGAAGGGGCAGAGGAGGAGGGUGGGGAGGAGGAGGGGGAGGAGGAGGAGGACGGGGGGGAGGGAGAAGAGGAGGAGUGGGAGGAGUGGGGAGGCGAAGAGGGAGGUGCAGUGGAGGAGUUGAGGGAGAGCAUGCAAGCCAUGCUGGUCAACGCCUCACCUCCACAGCUGUACGGGCUGCUGCAGGAGUUCCUGUCGUCUCGCUUCAAGGAUGUUUCUGCGUGCAUGCGCCCUUUCUAUAUAGAGGAUGGUGACGAGGAGGAGGAGGAGGAGGAGGAGGAGGAGGAGGAGGAGGAGGAGGAGGAGGAGGAGGAGGAGGAGGAGGAGGAGGGGGGGGAGGAGGAAGAGGAGGAUGAGGUGGAAGAGGAAGGGGAGGGGGAGGAGGUGGAGGAAGGGGAGGGGGAGAAGGAGGAGGAGGAGGCAGGGGAUCUAGAGGAAUCAGCAGGGAAGCUACAGUCGACCCCAGUGGGAACAUCUAGCACCCCUGUAGCCGCCACCGCCACUGCAGGUGGGGAGAGGUACCACCAACACCCAGGUGAAAGACUCACACCUCUACUGAACGCAGAGAGUCAGAACAUGCUCAGAAGCUUCCCUGGGUUUGAGGAAGAGGAGGCGGUGAGUGAGGGCAAGGGGAGGGGGCCGAGGAGACGGCUGGAGAAUGAAAUGGCUGCGCUUGAGGCGAGGGGGAGAGGGGUAGUAGAGGGGGGAGCGGGAGAGGGAGAGGGAGACAGAGGUGAGGCGUGUGAAGCAGCGGGGGCAGUGAGCGGAGCAGAGCAGGAGACGCUUGCAGCGGUGCUGGAUGGAUUGCUGGGCACUGAGGGUGAAGGGGAGGAGGGUGGGGGCGAGGAGGACGCAGCUUACGGGGACGGUGGGGGCUAUGGGGAGGGGGGAAAGACAGACUCGCCUAUGUGUUGGGCGGGGAGGUUGGAGGAGAGGAUGGGGCGGGCGUGGGUGUGGCGCGUGCAGCAGGUGAUGCGUGCUCUGGGGUUCUCAGGGCUCUCUUUCCUGUCGCAUGCGGUGCUGUCUGCUGUGCUGCUAGCCCGGCUUAAGGCGCAUGUGCAUGCAUCAGCAGGAGCCGUUUUCGACCGUCGGAUCCUCCCUCGCCUGCAUCGGUGGCUGCAGGUCACUGCUCUUCCCUUCGUUACUAUCACCACCUGCACAGUCACCACUAAGACCAGCACCACCGAUACUAGCACCAGCAGAGGUGAUUCCUCGGCCAUCUCCAUCCGUAGUUCUCGCGUGUCAGAUCCGAUCUCAGCCGCACAUCUGCGGCAGUGGCAUGCCUGGUUGCGCCACGUGGCGGGCAGGGAGCUGUGUGUGGUGCGCACGGGACAACUAUUUGACAUCAUAGUCGAUUACCCCGACUCCACCCCCGCCCUCCUCGACCUUAAAGACUGCCUUGAGAAUGGCGCUGCCGCUGCUGCUGCUGCUGCUGAUGCCACUGCUGGUGCUGCUGCUGUUGGUGACUCUGGAUUCAGUGCUGCUGCUGGUGGGGCUGGUGUGGAGGGUUUUGGGACGGCUGCCCUUGCGGCUGCUGCUCCGCCUCUGGUUGCUCUUGUGGCCGCACAAGGAGGGAGCGGUCUGAGUGGUGUGAGUGGUGUGCGAGGAGCCAUGGGAGGGGAGGGGUUGGGCAUGGGAGGGGAAAGCAGCAUUGGUGGGGGGAGCGCGUAUGGGAGGCUGGUUGCUUCGUUCCGGGCAGCGCUGGCCAAUCGGCUGCUGACAGCUGGCGCGUCGACGGCGGAUAUCCUGCAGCAGUAUGUGUCGGCGAUACGGGCUCUGAGGCUGGUGGACCCGUCGGGAGUGGUGCUGGAGGCGGUCAGUGAGCCCAUCCGACAGUAUCUCAGAGGCAGAAAGUGUGCUCUGCGGCUGGUGGACCCGUCUGGGGUGGUGCUAGAGGCAUUCAGUGAGCCCAUUCGCCAGUACCUGCGCGGCAGAAAGUGUGCUCUGAGGCUGGUGGAUCCGUCGGGGGUGGUGCUGGAGGCAGUCAGUGGCGCCAUCAAGGGCGCUGCUGACGUGGCAGAUGACGUGGCAGGGGAGGCGGGGGACCCGGGUGACCUGUCACUGCUGGAGGAGCUAAGCCGGGCGGCGGAAGGGGGCGAGGGGGAGGCGGGGGGGAGUGGAGAGGGGGAGGAGGAAGGGGCAGGCUUGGGGGAAGAUCUGUCUGCGGCUUAUGCUGCUGCUGAACGCUGGCAGCCUGAUCCGGUUGACGCCGAUCCCUGGCGGUCCUCCGGCCAGGCGCAGAGGGCGAGGGACAUAGUGCGCGUGCUGGCGGGGGUGUUUGGGUCGCGGGAGGUGCUGCUGGGGGAGUAUCGAGGCAUGCUGGCGGAGAGGCUGGUGGGGCGAAUGGGACCAUACAUCUGUGCUCCAAUGGAGGUGCUGCUGGGGGAGUAUCGAGGCAUGCUGGCGGAGCGGCUGGUGGGGCGCGCGGGGUACGACACUGACAGGGACGUGCGCACCCUGGAGCUGCUCAACCUUCGCUUCGGAGAAUCCAACCUGCACGCGUGUGAGGUGAUGUUGAGGGACAUGGCGGACUCAAAGCGAAUUAACGGCAACGUGAAGGCGGCUAUGAGGCAGGCAAGGGAGGAGGCUCGAGACUUGGCAGAGGCGCGUUCUAAUAUUGCUCGCUCGAAAGCCCUCAUGAGGCGGCGAGCAUCGGGGACGGUAGGUAGUGAAGUGAAACAAUCGAUGAGGCAGGCGAGGGAGGAGGAGGCUCGGCUGCUGGCGGAGGCUCUUACAAGCAAUAACAAUCGUUCUGCUAUUGCUCGCAAGAGAGCUCUUAUGAGACGACGAGGCCUAUCAGUGGUGGGGGCAGGGAGGGGAGCAGCAACGGCACAGAGAGAAAGCAGGGGCACGGGGGGAGGUCCAUCUGGGGCAGGUGUAUCUGGUUCAGGUGUAUCUGGGUCAGGCUCAUCUGCAUGGUCGCAGGCACACACACCAGAGCACCUGGUGGUUAGGGGCAUGGCAUCGUUCUCCACCCCUCCAGACCGACCUGGGAGAGGAGGAGAAGGGGGAGAGGGAGGGGGAGGGGGAGGGAUUGUGGGAGGGGCGUCGCAGUGGUUCACUCCAGAAUCGUUUGCUUCUCCUCCUCCGCCCGCCGCUCCAGCACAGGCUCCUACUGGAGGAGGAGGGGGAGUGGGAGGGGCGUCGCAGUGGUUCACUCCAGACUCGUUCGCCUCUCCUCCUCCUGCUGCUGCAGCAGCACAGGCACCCCCUGGCGCAGCUGCCCCUCCUCCUCGGGCAGCCCGGCCAAAUCUUCUGUCCCGCUGGGCCCGCCUCCGCCCGGACCUCCGCACGCCGACCUUUUCUGGAGACCGUUCCGCAGAUCGCGGGCAGCCCGGAAAUUCCGCCCAUACUCCCAGCCAAUCAGGCGGCGGCAGCUCAGCCAUGGGGGGGAACAGGGGCAGUGGGAGGGGCGGGCAGGGGGGAUUCUGGGAUGUUAUGGACGCACUGGGGGGAGAGGGAGGGGGGGAAGAAAACGCAGAGAGAGGGAGGAUUGGGGAGGAGGAGGAGGAGGAGGAGAUGGAAGGAGGGGAGGAAGAGGAGGAGGUGAAGCCAGAGGAGAAAGAGGAGUUGCUAGAAGCAGAGAAACUGGACGCUACGAUCGUCUCGGCGCUCUUUUGGCCGGCUUUCCAGGAGGAAUCGGUGCGGUUACCGGCGCCGGUAACGAAGCUGAUGGAGGAAUAUUCAGCCAACUAUGCGACGCUCAAAGCGCCCCGCAAGUUGCAGUGGAAGGGGAAUCUUGGGUGCGUUACAAUCGAGCUGGAGUUUGGUAACGGGCGUAACAGCCAGCAGUACACUGUGACGCCCGUUCAAGCAGCCAUUAUCCUGAAAUUCCAAACAGCCGGAGCAGGAGGGGAGAAAGGGGCAGAAAGUGCAGGUGACGGUGCAGAAAACGGAGAAGCUAAUAAGGAGGACGAGGCGAUGCCGCAGUGGGCGGCAUCUGAGCUGGCGUCAGCAGUGGGCCUGUCAGUGCCAGUGCUGCGUCGGCGAAUCACAUUCUGGGUGAAUCAGGGCGUGAUUGUCGAAUCGGUCGCGACCAAUCGGUCGCCUCCGGAACCUCUUUUCACGGUGGUUGACCACCAUGUAGAUCCUGCUGCUUCUGCUGCUGCUGCUGCUGCUGGUGGGGGUGGUUAUGGGGAUAGAGAUGGUGAUGGUGACGCGGAUGCUGCUGCUGCUGGUGAGGGUGCUGGGCUGGGUGGGUUGCGAGGUGAUGGAGAGGGAGAGGAUUUGGUAGCAGGCGGGGAGUUGCUAAUCGGGGAUGAGGACGAGGAGGAGGAGGGGGGAGGCAUGGUGGCCUCCUUAGAAGCGCAGAGGAAGCAGGAGAGUGCGGUGCACGAGUCGUUCAUAACAGGCAUGCUCACCACAUUCGACGGCCUCCCUAUAGAGCGAAUCCACAACAUGCUCAAGAUGUUUGUGUCUGACCCGCCGUAUGACCGCUCGCUGGCGCAGCUGCACGCGUUUCUGGGGAGGAAGCAGGAGAGUGCGGUGCAUGAGUCGUUCAUAACAGGCAUGCUCACCACGUUUGACGGCCUGCCUAUAGAGCGCAUCCACAACAUGCUCAAGAUGUUUGUCUUCGACCCGCCAUAUGACCGCUCGCUGGUGCAGCUGCAUGUGUUUCUGGGGGUGCUGGUGGCGCAGGAGAAGCUGGAGCUGCGGGAUGGGCUGUACCGCAAGAAGAAGUAG